AACUGCUGUAAAUUUCAAACAAUAAGGACAAUACAAAACAAAAAAAAAGUUCAUUUUAAAAUGUGUUUUUGUGUAACAACCAGAAAGAAUCAAAAAUUUUGAAACACAAUAGAUAAAAGUUGAUCUAAAUCAUGUCAGAAUUAGCUAACAAAAUUAUCGAAAACAUCACGAACCCUGAAGACUUUUCGAAGGUGUUACGUGACGUCGCUAUUGCCUUGAAAAGUAAAGGAUUUUUCGACAAUUCGAACUGGAGCGACGAACUGCUCAAAAACUUUAAGGAUGUCAUUGAUACUAAAGUUGACGAUAGCAUUUCCUGCAUCACUGACAACGAACACGAAAUUUCGAGUUCAUUUAUUACGGACGAGUCUUCCAAAUUCAAUAAAAAGUCCAAAACAACAAUUACCACCGGCUGUCAAUCCAUUUUAAAUGAUGACAUGUUUGAAGACAGCAAUGAUUCGUUCGAAAUACCCGAAACACAGCCAUUUCCUGCUAUAGAUCAUCCGAACGAUGAUGAACUCGAUAGUGAAGGAUUCAUAACAAUGCCAGACGAUGGCUACGUAGCAAACGAUUGCUCACAAUCACAAGUCCUACUGCAAGGAGCAGAAUUGGGGAUGCAGACUCCGGUACCACCAGAUUUUGAUGAUUCCGAUACGGUUGACAUGGAGAUGUCAAAACUGCAGUGGGAUGAUUCCACAAAAGAGAAUGACAAAAACAAGAGUGCAUCAGUGACACCAGAAUUGAUGGAUGUUGAUUUAAUGAUGCAACAAGCGGCAGCCAAAAAUGCCGAUCUCAAACCAACGACAAGCGGCAAUGCCUGCACCAAACCAGCAAGAAUGGAAAAUGCUGAUACCAGACCCGCGGAAAGCGACUCUAUUGACGAAGAUUUUGAAACACAGGACUUGGGUUUCGGCGCUACAUUGGCAAAAUCAAUUCUUGAAGCGUUUGAUUCUCCUCAAUCGUUUGCGCCGUCGAAAGGACCUUCCAGCUUGGGACGGAAUGAGACCAAGACCUCUCCAAUUUGUAAGAGCGAUAAGUUCUCUACACGUGAGCCAUCAACUAUUGUGGAACGUGCUGACGAUGGAGAUCUUGGAAUCGAAAAAAUUGAACUCGAUAACCGUGAAAUAUCAGCCAAUGUUAAAUGUGACAUAAAGGAAGAAUUACAACGUGAAAAGAAUCGUCCAGAUGAGGAAGUCGGUGACGAAGCUAAAAUAUGUACAGAUGGAAAAGCUACCAAUGAUGACAAAGCAGCUGAAGGUGUUCAGGCCGCUGAAGAUGUUCAAGCUGCUGAAGAUGUUCAACCUGCUGAAGAUACCCGAGCUGCUAAAAGUGAUGUACCAGUGGAGAAUUUGGAUCACUGCGAUGACGAAAUGCCGGAAACACAAUUCUUUUUCAAGUCUGGCGACGACAUUGAGAAUCGCGCUGAUAUCGAAGUACCGGAAGACCAAUUAUUCAAAAAACCAGGUGAAUUAGGUGCUGGUAAAAUAACUGAGUCCAAACGUGUCAGCGAUGUCAUCAACGAUGAUGCCGACGACGUACACGAGAACUUAGAAGAAACACAGUUGUUCUUUAAGCCCAAUGCUAGCUCUACCGAAGAAGAUGAUGAUGCCUAUGAUGCGGAAACACAGCCAUUAGAAGUUUUGGAGAGCAGUCCGAGCAACAAAAAUGAAACCUCCCUGCCGGAGGAUGGACCCAAGGACGAUGGAAACAAUAAACAGCUCGAUGUUAUCAACGUCGAUGUGGCCACCAAUGAAAUUUCAGAGGACUCCGAAGAACCAAAACCUAAACAACGUAAGCGCAACAAAUUAAUUGAAUCAUCCGACGAAGAGGACGAUGCAGCUAAUGGUAUUGAUUACGAGGCUCCCACGCAGAAAUUUGUGACUCGAAAGUACGAUGGAGCUGUAACCGAUGGGGCAGAUCCAGAUGCGCACACGCAGAGAACUGGUGACAAUCCUGAUCAGGCGCAAAAACCUCAAAAUUCUGAUGCGAAAGAUGUUGGUGCCGAUGAUACUCAUGCAGACAAAUGCGAUGAAAAAGAUGGUGCUGCGGAUUACGAUGCUCAUACGGAGAUAUUUGAAACGCGGAAACCGGAAACUCCGAGACGAAAACGUGUAUCCGAAUUGAAAGGAGGUGAUUGGGAACAAUUGUGCGAGGCAGCCAACAGCAAUCAAGCAAACGUUGUAUUUAAAAGUGUCUUUGACCAAUGCAAAGAUCUUAGACAAGUACAUGAAAAUAAUGAGACUGUCGCUUCUGUGACUAAUCAAAAUGUAGUUGCCGAAGCUCCGAUUCGACAGUCAGCUAGAAGCAGAGCCAAAGUAAAGUAUCCAGUAUCGAAUGACGCCGAACCGAUUACCUCAAAGCGACCAAAACUCCGCACGGAGCCGAUAACGUUUAAAGUGCCCUUUGAUACUGUUCCAACAAAGUCAGACAAUGCGCCACCACAGGAAGUUAAGGCAUCCGAAGAAUCGUCGAAAGUUUCUUUGGAUUCAACAAACUCAGAUACACCUUUGGUGGUCAAGGCUUCCAAAAACUCGUCGAAAGCUGCUUUGGCUUCAUCUAAGCAGGAUGAAACAGACGAAAAUGUCGCACUGGAAAUGGCGCACACUCAAGUUUUCGUCAAAGCGUCCUCCACACCGAAAGAACGAGCCAAACCUGAUCUACCUGGACGUCGAGCGAGAGCUGCUACGGAUGUACCGAAAGACAUUCAAAAACCGAUACCCAAGUUACGUGCACAACGUCAAUCGGUAGCAUACUCACCGAAAGUCUCUGAUGUUAAGGUAACAUCCGACGUAAACGAAAACGUCGAUGACAGUCUCAUCAAGAACAUAAAGUCCGAAGAGAGCGAAAAGCAGAGCUCAAUUGAUGGUCCCCGCCAAACUCGGAAGAGAAAGGCCAGUGAUACAAAUGUUUCAACUGAUUCAGGCGCUAGCUCGUCAUAUACAUCAAGAAGUCCGUCAUUAAAUCGCUCAUCACGAAACCAAAACUACCCAGUAAUGUUCACAAUGGUGGAUCCUGCGCCUCACAAGGCAACAUUGAAAAAUUUGAACAUAUCCAUCGUCACCGAAACUGGUACAUACAAUGCAUUGAUUACGGACAAAGUCUAUCGCACCUCUAAGUUCAUGUGCGCUGUAGCCGCUGGAAAGCCAAUCGUUUCGAUUGAGUGGCUAAACGCGCUGAAAGCAAAGAAGUCGUUUAUUGAUCCGUUUGAGUAUCUGCUCAAAGAUGCGGCAGGAGAGAAAAAGUAUCAUUUUAAUUUGGCCAAAACAUUGAACAAAGUUCAACAAAAUGGAGAGUUAUGUCGCAACCACUCCAUAUUUGUCACGCCGAACACAUCGCCGUCGCCGGACAUACUGAAAGAUGUCAUAGCCAGCAGCGGUGGAAAGUAUUUGAAAACAUCCUUGUCUGCCCGGAAAAACGACAUCGUUCUGUGUAUUUCGGCUGAAGAGGAUGCAAAGGUGGUCACUCAAUUGAAGAAAAAAUAUCGCAAUUUGAAGGAAAUAACGGCUGAGCAGUUCAUGCAGGGCAUUUUUCAAUAUAAAAUCUAAAACUGUUGUUGAUCCAGUGAGUUUUUGUUAAAUAUUUAUUUUGUGGAACUGUAAAUUAUUUUGUCGCAAUCGUUAAAGAUAAAAUCAUUUCAUUUUUCGGGG